CGUUGCAUUAUGGGGCACAGAGUAAAGAUGGAAGCAUCCAGCGAGAGCAUGUCGAAGUGUCAAUAACAAACAUUUUAAAGUGUUAAAACCCCGCAGUUGAUGCUUGGUUAUAUAUGAAAAAAUACUCAAGUGGCAUAAAAUUGUGAACGCGUGUGGAAACAGACAACUGUGGCCAUGUCUCUACUGGGAGGUUUGCUGAGAGCUGGAGCGUCCUGGUGUCAGUCUGCUGGGACGCUGCUGCACACAGUCAGAACCAUUUCUACAGGUACGUGCUGUCAGAUCAGGAUGAUGCGAUUCCUCAGCCAAAAAAGGUGGACCAGAUGGACUGAGAAGAGGAGCAUGUAUGGCGUAUAUGAUAACAUAGGAAUCUUGGGGGACUUUAAAGCACAUCCUAAAGACCUGAUUGUGGCCCCCUGCUGCUGAAGCUUUCAAGGUAAUGUGCAGCGGGCAAUUAGAAAAAAGAAGAUGGUGGGAGACAGAAUGAUGACUCAGGACAGGCACAACUUGGAGAAGAUGAUACGCUUCCUCUACAGACGCUUCAACCGCACCGGCAAACAUCGCUAACACUGAACAAACUGCAUCAGGCCAGCCAAUAAGGACUGUUGGAGUCUGUUAGUGUAAUUUCAUGCUGAUACUUGCUCUGUGUUUCCAUUUUUCAAGGUUAUCAUGUUCAUAUUAAGAGAGAAGUUGUGUGUUUCAGACUUCAUGUGCUUUAUUAAUUUCUUUUGGGGACUCAUCAGUAAGAGAUUUUCCAGACACUCAAAAUAAAUGAUAUUAAAACCUUAAAAUAAAUGAUAUAUUGU